AGUCUUAUUUUGACGCCCACUUCGCUAAGUAAUGACAGUAUGAUUGUUAUUGAUAGUUGACCACUAGUCCAGGUUAGAGAUCAUCCUCAGAAAUACUUAAUUCAAGUUCAAAUCAAAGGUGCAGUUGAAAAAUCGUAACUCUUCUUUACAAUUCUGGCUUACUUACUACUAUAAAAAAAUAAAAAAUACUAUAUUACUAAGCGUCAGAAUACUUAAAGAAUCCUUUCUUAUUCAUAUCACUUGGUUCCAAAAAAAAAAUCGCAAUUAAUUGAGCAAGAAAUUUGAAGGAAAAAAAAAAUUGGAGAUGGAUAGGAUAGACCGUAGCAUGAUGAAAAAACCAAUGUCAAAUAUAACAAGACAGGGACUGGUAUGGAAUCCUCAAGGCUCAAGGAUAAAAAAAAUACAGGGAAGCCCCAAAACAGCUGUCAAGUUUGUAACUGUAACUGUAAUAAAGAUGAGAAAUGAGAAGGAGUUUGAAAUGAGAAAUGGUAAUAAGCAAGAGGAUAAAAGUACCUCCCCAGCCCUGAGAUGUGGAAGACCAGGAAAUUAUAUUUGCUGCCAUUGCUAAUGCUAGUUGCUGGUUUUUAUAAAACAAAUUAAAAAUUAUUUUUUAAGUAAGCAUUUUGAUUAGCAACAGUAAAUGUUUUUCUGGUGAAUUUUGUUAGCGCAUUCAUUGCUUGUAUUGGUAAUUUUGGCCCUGCCCUAAAAGUAUUUACUAAGAUCCCCCCGUCAACCAUUUUUUCCUGUUCCAUCCCACUUCACGUGGUAGUCCUAAUUCUAUGGCUCACGUCUCCACAUUUUGACAUAAGUUAUCUCGACUGUCAAUGUCACUGCACCCAUUCUCUCCUCAUCCGUGGUGGCCUGUAACUUGAUCAGAGGACAUUUUUGGGACCUCACAUAUCUAUACUGAUUGUCUCAGUGUCCGUAGUUUAAGAAUAAAAUAAUUAUUAUUGUUGUAUCAAUGAAUAAUGCUAAAAAUGUCUGAAUUUUGGGUUAAUUAGUGAAUUUUUUUAUUCUAACAUUCUGCUUUUUAUCUGACGUCACAUUGCUCAAGCCCCCCCCCCCCCUUCAAGACGUAUAACAUCUUUUAUGGAUUGCCCCUAUGCUCCCUAGGGAGUUGUAAUGGCAAAGAAGAAGUCAAGUUUUAUCCUAAUGAACUUAGUCUUAAAAUUAAAUUAAUUAAAACUUAUGAAUAAUGCUAAAAAUGUCUGAAUUUUGGGUUAAUUAGUGAAUUUUUUUAUUCUAACAUUCUGCUUUUUAUCUGACGUCACAUUGCUCAAGCCCCCCCCCCCCCUUCAAGACGUAUAACAUCAUUUAUGGAUUGCCCCUAUGCUCCAUAGGGAGUUGUAAUGGCAAAGAAGAAGUCAAGGUUGAUCCUAAUGCACUUAGUCUUAAAAUUAAGUUAAUAAAAACUAUGAUUAAUGUAACAUUUAAAUUUAAAGACAUGUUACAGUUGUCUUUUGAUUUUUAAUUUUUAUAAGGCCUGCAAUAACCUACACUGCCUGCCACUUAGAGCACCAAUGCUGAUAUUUUCCACUGAUAAAGGACUAUUUUAGCUUGUAGCCUGUGUGACAUUUGUAACAAUGAUAAUGUCCUUGUUUUACUUCUUAUUAGAAUUAUUUUUGGCUAUCGGUAAUAAGUAUAUGCUUUUUGUAAUAUUAUUUAUUAUAUGGCAACUAUUGCAACAGAAGUUCCUUUACAUAAAAAUAGAAUUAGAAAAGCAAAAUCAUGACUGAAAUCGAAAACUACAAAAUAAUAAAAACAGAUUUACAAUCUAUUUAAUCUUUAAAGCUAUAGGGUACUCUAUUUUUUGGGACCUAGAACUCAAAUCUGCUCAUUUUGUGCAUACAAUGCGCUAUUACAAAUAAUCUUUUGUUUUUUUUCCAUUAAAAAUAUAGAUACUAAGACUUAAUAAUAAUAUAGAAAUAUUUUUAAACCUUUCCCUUCAAAUAUUUAUUUUCACCAGAUAAAAAUGACUUCCUAUUAAAAGCUGCUCUCAACUACAACUAACUUCGUACUACUAUGGAUUCAGAUGGAUUGCCAUUGGUGGGGCCAGGGAUUGAUUACACCAAGGUAAUCAUGAACUUAAUUUAAUUGUAAAUUGUAGUUUAAUAUUUUUUUGAACAAGCUAACAUUGGCAGUAGAGCUCUUGAAAAUGGAAAAAAUGUUAACUAAAUGGAAUUCAUUCUUUCUGACUAGAUGAAUCACAGGGCACAGAGUAAAAAACCUACACAAUUAUUCCAUGAAUCCUGGUUUUACCCUAAUUAUAUGUAUAUUUUAUUACUUUUACAUUACAAGUGUUCAUGCGCAUAAAGUUAAUAUCAUUUAAUUUAUGAUGAUGUUAAUCAACUACCAGUAAAUUCUUGACAGAAUAAACUUAUGUUUUGGAACAUAAAAUGAAGCUCUCGUAUCCUUUCCCUUUAUUGCCUUUUUAAGAAUUACACUCUAAAGUAAUGACAAUGAAAAUAAUUUUUAAAAUGUUAAUAGAGCUGUAUAUUUAAUUAUUUUUUUUCUUGAACCACAUGACUGAUGGGCUUACUUCAUUACAUAGCUUAUGAGUUUAAAUUGUCUUCACAGGUUGAAGCUAUUAACCAAAAAAGAACCAUAGCCUUUAUCAACCACUUCAUUGCACACACAGCUCGAUUUCUAAACCAUUUUGGAAAUGUCUGUGAGGAUAAACUGGAGCUUCUUCAUGGUAGACUGCAGCAACUGGAGAUUUCACUGAGCAUGCUAGAAGCAAAGGUAAAUUGAUGGUUUAUGUGAGUCCUAAAGCAGGGUUGCUUAUCAGUUGACAUCCUGAUGGUAAAGCAGUUUUUCACAAGAGUUGACAUCAUGACGAGUAGGAUCUAGUAGUUAACUGCAAAGAUUUUUUUUUUUUUCAAAUAGAACCUCUACCAGUAUGCAAAGAUUUUAUGGAUACUAAAAUGAAUUCACUGACGCUAAAGUUUGUUCACUCAACUAUUCAUUUUGAUCCUAGAAAUACAGGAUUAACAGUAUCCUGAAAGACAGGAUACCAUAUACAUUUUUCUGCCUGUUUUGUGACUUAAGCUAUGACCCUAAGGCAGUUGGGACAAACGUGUGGCAUUCAGCGGCAAGUGCAUCACCAUCGCUCCAGACCCUCCAUAGUGGUAUAAUUCCAGUGUUGGCACUUUGGGCUUUGGGAUAAAUAAGUGGAUUUUUUAUUUCAGUUUAGGCACUCUGUCUCUAAAAGUUUUGCCAUCACUGCACUAGAGAGACACAAUCAAAACUUUUCAUAUAUUUAUAGUGCCCUUCAUUCACAUCUUUGCUUGGACAGGAGACAGGACAGCACAGGAUUAGCCAUGUUUAUUCUGUGAUGAAUCUAUAAUAAGUCAUAAGUGAUCUUUUAAAAACAAAAAACUUUACAUCUUAACUGAACUGAAGAUGCUGAGUAUCCAACUGAAGAAAAAAAUUAAAAAAGAGUGAAGUUGAAAGAAAAAUCUGGAGGAAUUCUGUAGCUCUUUUGAGAUCAGAUCAAUGGAAAUAUUUGAAUGUUAAAAAUACAUAUUUGUUUUUUAUUAAUUCAAAUAAAAAUGUAUUAAUUAGAGCUUGGUAAACUUGAUAAGCUUGUCAAAAGAGCUGGUUGCAUUAAAGUAUAAAGAAUCCAUGACAAAGUUAAUUACCAGUACUUUAACUACUCUUUCUAGAUAAUACAGAGGGAAGGAAAUUGUUUUUUUUUCAUGAGCAUCCACGACAUUGAUCUUUUGUUAUAUUUUAAGAUUAACUCGUUUAAUUAAAAGUUUGGCUGUUUAAUUUUAGUUGUCGUCUAUACCUGGUCUCGAAUCAGUGACAGCACCUCAGUCAAGUUCAUCAGCACCAGCCCCAGCAUCUGUCACUGAAACACCAACUGCAGCACCACCACCACCAGGUGCUCCUACACCAGCAGCUACACCCAUACAAAAUGUAAGUAUGGAGUCUUUAGGUCGAUCCAUUAACUCAACACAUUAAAACUUCAUUGAUUUGCUUUUGCAAUGCCCAGUAUAUUACAUUUGUUAUUUUUUAAAUUAUGAACUUACCGCCAUUAAUGCAAUAAAUGAGUUCACCUUAAAAUGAUUUUACAGGAACCUCCUCCAACACCAGUAGAGGAAACCAAACCCCAAAAUACAGUUGCUCAAGAUCCUCGAUAUGUGAAAUUUUUCAAAAUGUUAGCUUUUGUGAGUGUAGUUUUGUUCCUUUUUUUUUUUAAAAAGGAAAAAAGAUAUUUUGAUUUGAAUUAAUUUACAUUAAGAGAUAAUUGUUAUAUAAUUAAAUGGAACAUUUUUUUAACCGGUUAUUUAAAAUUGAUUUUAAAAUUAAACUAUUCAUAAUCACCCUUAAAAAUAUUUAAUAAUAUUAAAGACUCGAUAAAUUACAUCUAUGCCUACUGAAAUAUUUCGUGAAUAUAGUUUUAGGAAUUAUAAUUUAGCGUUGUUUUUUUUUUUAAACAAGUCAUUAGGAUCUUUCUAGUUUUCUUCUCUAAUCUCUUGCCUUUGUGAAUUGAUUGCAUGGCUUCUCGUGCUGAUUAUGCUGAGAAGAUGUAUUAUUCUCUACUUAUUUGUUACAGGGUGUUCCUCUGCCUGCUGUUAAAGGUAAAAUGGCAAUGGAAGGUCUAAAUCCAGACCUGCUAGAGUAAGUUGCAUUACAUUAUUCCUUAAAAACAAUAAUACAGUACUAUAGGGGUAACAAUCUUGUUAGUUCUUCUAAGAUUUUAUACAAUUUAAGAAAAAAAAAUAUCAAAUAAAUUAACUGUUGAAUUCUAAUAUUUUCAUGCAUAAAAUUUCUAGAGUUGAGUUACGAUUUCACCAUUUCCAGUCUUGACAAAUGCUAAGACCUUACUUUAAUUUUGUUAUUUCCACUUUAAUUGAUCUUAAUGAUUCCUUCUCUACACAUUAGUUCUAACACUUAGAGCACCAGUGCUGAUAUUUUCCACUGAUGAUGAAUUUUCUUUCCCAGCAACAAGCUCUUUAUAGCUAUUGGUUAUGAAAUUUCAUAAAAUAAAAUAAAAUUACUGUUAUAGGUUGUAGUUGAAAAAUAAAUUUUAUUUUCAUUCAAAAUUUAAAUAGAUGUUUCGAAGCACUAUUUUGAUGACUUUCAACUAGAUUUUGGGGUCUUGAAGACACUGAAAUAGUCUGGAUUCGUUAUAAGAAUCUGUGGUUAAAAUAAUUUUAAUAAAUCCUGUAUUACACUAUACUUUGUAACGCUCUAUAUUAACUGACUACAUUGGACACAUUUCUGUUGCCUCAUUGUUUGACAACUUGGUCAUAGGUUAACCGACAACUUGGCCAUAGGUUAACCAAUGCCUCUUUUAUAGCACCAUGGGUUUUUUAUAUUUAUAUGCCUACAUUUACUCUAUGCUGCUUUCUUCCUCUUGGAGGUCUUUUGCGUGGUACACCUGGCAUUAUCUCAGUGUACGGGACGGCGACACACUUAUAAAUGUUGUUGUUAAGUCUUGUUUCUUAAUAAAAUAUGUUACUCAGAUCAGCUUGUAAGCUACAGAAGAAAACUUGGAGAUCCACAUGCAGCCCACAGGCCACAAAUUUGAGACCCCUGCUCUAGACUCAUAUCAUAAAUUCCUAUAUAUACAUAAAUUGCUUUUAAUUUAAAACAUUCUUAUUUCCAGUACACCUGAUGCUCCAGCUCCAGCGGGAAGUCAAGGUCCAGCUUCUGAAGACAGUGGUCAGGAUUCAGACAGUGAAGCAAGCUUUAGUGAUUAAAUAGUGAACCAGAUUCAAAAAUACCAUUUUUACCACUGGUUGAGCAUUGUGAUUGUUCUGAGCAUUGGGCUGUAACGAGAGUGAAAAAAUACUGAAGAAUCUGAUCAAAACCAUCUUUACUUGACUUGUAUGUAUGCCACAAUUUACCCAGGUUUGGGAUCUUAACAAAAUAUAGUGAUCAUGACAAGUAACAUUUACAGGGGAGUAGUCGAUAUUAUUUGUUUACAGGACUUAAAUGAAGAUGGUCUUUUAUAAUGAUCAUGGUCCAUGUGAAAUUAUUAUUUAAAUGAAUGAGAAGAGCUGUGACAAAAUCAGUGGUUCGUAUAAAAUUAUUAUUUAAAACAAUGACAAAAGGCAUGAGAGAAUCAUGAUUGUAUGUGACACGGCAUGUAACGGAAAAUUAGAAAACUUGUGAUAACCUGUAUAUUGCAUUGCAUGUGUUUUCUGGUUGUUGCUUCUAUGUACUUGUCAAUGUUCUAUCAACCAGAUUUAUUAAAGAUGCAUUUAUUGAGAAACAGUAUAAAUACUACAUCAUUGUUCUUAACUAUUGUUAAUUAAAAUACACACAAAAAAUUGAAAAACAUUUUUUUUUUUUAUAUAUCAUAUCUUUGUUCCUCAAUUUAAACAGUGGGGUUCCUAUAAAACUUGAUUUCAUGAAUCGGACAUGACAGCUAGCCGGGCAUUACAAUAAGAAAUAUAAGGCCACCUGUAGGCUCCCACACUUAUCACAUUGCAACAGCUUUUAGCAAACAUUUGCUUCCAUCAGUACAGUAUCACUCCUGCUGAAUAUAUCCCACAUCCCCCGGCCUGCUACAUAAUGUGCGUUCUCGAUUGAUAUGACUUUAUCAGUGGCAUCCCACCGUUUUAUUUUUAAGGGGGAAAUUUUUUUACUUUUUUAAGAGGACUUAAUAAAAUGACAUAUACUUGUAACGUAAACAUGUUUUUAAAAAAAAUAUGCUUCACUGAAUGAAUUAGUGUGAUAUAACAUUGAUUGAAUGGCUCAAAUGCUGGUAUGGGAAAUUCCUCUAUAAUAUCUAUAUGAUUAAAAUUAAAAUAUAGAAAUAAUAAAAUAAUAAAGGCUUUGAACUAAUGACUAGGAUAAGCACAUGUUGUCGCAUGAGUUGGCAUCCGAUCUGUGGAGUCACAGAGAACUAAACCAGGUGUAGUGUACAGGAAAUGUUGAUGUUUACAAAUCCUUACAUUAAUGUUUUGUACAAACACAGCAAACCAUGAUCAUUUGUUUUUUAAAUCAGAAAAAUCUGGUUAUCCUUGGAAUAUCCCAAGUGGUUAUCCUCGAAUAUCCCUAGUUGAUCAGGCUGUGUUCUGGAGGGGAACAAUUCAAGUGUAUUGAAAUAUUGAUGAAAAAGUGAUCAACUUUUAUUCAUUUCUUUUUUUCUUACUUGCCGAUUUUGUUUGUUUUGUUAAAUUUGUUAAUGAUUCUUGUAAUGAUCAUAAUAAAAAUGUACCAGUAUUCAGUACAAAAUUGUUUUUAGAGUUGUGAGCAAUGUUCCCUUUAAGCUGCGCAGCAGUUUUGAGAAUCCCCGCAGCAAAUUUCCAUGUAAGUUUGUGUUUGUGGGCUGUAAAAUUUUGCACACAUCUGUAUGAUUUUGCCCAUAAACCAGCAAACCUUAGAGGGAACAUUGGUUGUGAGGUGUUAUUUACUUGGUAAAAAUUCAAUGUUACUCAUGUUACUAAUUUUAUUUCUGAUUGUUGCAUGGGCAUCGCAAUUAUUUUUUUCUUAGACUGACAGCCACAAUAGAAACAAAUAAAUUUCAUCAGGUCUCAGCUUUUAAACUACUUGCUGCCUAAUUUAAACUAGCGGCCUAAUUCAAACUUGCUGUAUAAUUUAAACUAGCUGACUAAUUUAAACUAGCAGCCUAAUUUAAACUAGCUGACUAAUUUAAACUAGCUGACUAAUUUAAACUAGCUGCCUAAUUUAAACUAGCAGCCUAAUUUAAACUAGCUGCCUAAUUUAAACUAGCAGCCUAAUUUAAACUAGCAGCCUAAUUUAAACUAGCAGCCUAAUUUAAACUAGCAGCCUAAUUUAAACUAGCUGACUAAUUUAAACUAGCUGACUAAUUUAAACUAGCAGCCUAAUUUAAACUAGCAGCCUAAUUUAAACUAGCAGCCUAAUUUAAACUAGCAGCCUAAUUUAAACUAGCUGACUAAUUUAAACUAGCAGCCUAAUUUAAACUAGCAGCCUAAUUUAAACUAGCUGUCUAAUUUAAACUAGCUGUCUAAUUUAAACUAGCUGCCGAAUACUGUUAAAACCUAGCCAUAAAUGGGAUGCUUGUUUGUCCUUUGUACAAAGACUUUUCUUUCUGUCAUUUUUGACAUUGUAAACAACAGGGCUUAUUGAUAUGUUCAUACUGAAUGUUGUCAGUAAUCCAUUAAGGGCUUGCAUAACUUUGGUAUUAUGAUAACUUUGGUAGUAUGAUAACUUUGUUAUUAUGAUAACUUUGGUAUUAUGAUAACGUUGGUAUUAUGAUAACUUUGGUAUUAUGAUUACUUUGGUAUUGCAGUAACUUUGGUAUUACCAUAACCUUGCACCCUUGGCAGGGAAAAUUAAUUUGUUCAAAGAAAAAAAAGAAAUAUGGACUACCAUCACUAGGAAAAAAUUUUGGAGGAAAGAGCGCGGAAUAGAUUGGUUUCACUUUCAUAAUAAUUAUUUAUUUGGUGGCUGCUACGGUUUUGGCAUUAUAAUUAUGGAUUGAAUGACUGCACCGUGACUUGAAAGGAAAAGACGUGACUUGAAAGGAAAAGACGUGACUUGAAAGGAAAAGACG